CUCGCCACAUCGCGCAUUCUUGAGAAACUCCCCCCAUUGCUCGAUAAUCGACCGUCGCUCUGGCCGGUCUACCAGAGCACAGCACAGCAUGGCAGACACCUCAAUAGAUGAAGAGAAAGGAAUGCGCACACAACCAGCUGAUGCCGGUGGUUCCUUAUCCCCCGAGUAUGCAGUUGCAGUCCCUGCACAAUCGCCAGCACGAAGCAAUCCCUUCGAACGCCUGAACGACAAAAUUUUAUCCAUUGGGUUUCUCGAAAAGCGCGGUUUCGAGCGCGUCCCGGUUGAGGAACGUCAUGAGAUUACUGCGUCGAGGUAUAUGCGGAUGAUGCUGCUCUGGUUCAGCUCUAACAUCACAGCGAAUAACAUCGCCGUGGGCAUGUUAGGGCCUUUGGCUUAUGACUUGGGGUUUACUGAUUCGGCGCUCUGUGCUGCGUUUGGAGCUGCCCUUGGGGCUGCUGGCGCUGCUUAUAUGAGCACACUUGGCCCUCAGAGUGGGAAUCGAACGAUGGUCAUUGCUAGAUACUUUAUGGGGUAUUACCCGAGCAAGAUUUGUUGUUUUUUGAAUAUUGUUAUUAUGUUGGGUUAUGGGAUGAUUGAUUGCCUGGUUGGGGGACAGGUGUUGUCUGCUGUUGCUGGCGGGAGGAUUAGUGUUGUUGGUGGUGUGAUUAUUGUCGCUGCUGUCACUUGGGUUGUGGUUGUGUUUGGGAUGUCGAUUUUUCAGACUUAUGAGAGGUGGGCGUGGGCACCACAAUUGAUAGCAAUUUUCGUGCUGGUCGGGAGCGCUGGUCCAACCUUCGACACUUCCAUCACAUCUACCGGCAAUACCGAGACAAUCAACGGCAACCGGUUGUCGUUCCUCUCUCUCUGCUUGUCGGCUUCCGUAGCCUGGGCCCCGGCCGCGGCUGAUUACUUCGUCUACUACCCGCCAUCAACCCAAAAAUGGAAAACUUUCCUCAUGACAUUCACCGGCAUAGGCCUCUCGCUCUCCUUCGCAAACAUGAUGGGUGUGGGCCUAGCAUCCGGUACCUUCUCAAACAGCGCCUGGCAAGACGCCUACAACGUGUCCUCGGGAGCUCUGAUCAUGGCAGGCUACGCAGGCCUAGGUGGAUUUGGCAAGUUUCUCGGCGCGAUUGUCUCCCUCGGUCUCAUUGCGAAUAAUAUUCCUGGCACCUAUUCCGCCACGCUCGGCUUCCAGAUCAUGGGUCGAUAUCUCGCGAGACUGCCGAGAUGGUUUCUGUCCUGUGUUGGUGUAUUGAUAUACACAGCCUGCGCAUUAGGGGGAAGAAACCACCUCUUUGACAUUUUCGAGAACUUCCUAGCACUCAUGGGAUACUGGGUUACCAUUUAUCUUACCAUUUCCCUCGAGGAGCAGUUCAUCUUCCGUCGGACUUGCGGGUUUGACUGGGAGAUUUGGGCGGAUCGCUCCAAGUUGCCUGUUGGUCUUGCUGCUCUGAUGGCUUUUCUUGUUGGGUGGGCGGGCUCAAUCAUUUCUAUGUACCAGAUUUGGUAUGUUGGGCCGAUAGCGAAAAUGGUGGGUGAGUAUGGUGCUGAUUUGGGGAUCUGGGUUGGUGUGUCUUGGGCCAUAAUUGUGUUCCCACUAUUGCGAUGGCUCGAGCUGAAGAAAUUUGGUCGCUAAGAAAUGGGUCUGUAGUAUUGAAUUACAGAGAAACCCCUUAAAGGAAAUAGAUUAAAGCAAAUAGUAGCCC